AUGAACUCUGCCAUCCGGGCCGUCGUCCGCACCGGGUUGUUCGUCAACUGCCGCGUCUUCUACGUGUACGACGGAUUCCGCGGGCUUGUCGACAAUCGCGUGCAGGAAGCCACCUGGGAGAGCGCGACGAGUCUGAUCCAGAAGGGCGGCUCGGUGCUCGGUGUGGCGCCCUGCGAGGAGUUCAAGACGCGCGAGGGAAGGCUCAAGGGCGCAAAAACCCUGGUCCUCCACGGCAUCAACAAUCUGAUCGUCAUCGGCGGCGGCGGGUCGAUGGAGGGGCUGCAGACGUUCAAGCAAGAAUGGCGCUCCCUUGUGCAAGAGCUGGUGAGCAAGGGCCUGGUGCCCGAUAACAUGGGCAGGCCGCUGCAGGACCUGGGCGUUUGUGGAAUUCCGUGCGCCGUCACCAACGACAUCUGGGGCACGGAGAUGACGCUCGGGGCCGACUCGGCGUUGACACGCGUCAUCGACUCGGUGGACCACGUCGAGGCGUCGCUCAACUCGUCGCAGCGGGUCUUCAUCGUUGAGGUACUCGGCAAGCACUGCGGCUUCUUGGCCAUGACGGCCGGGUUGGCGGUGGAGGCCGACUUUGUGUUUGUGCCCGAGUGGCCGCCCGUGACGGAAUGGCGCGACGCGCUCACCGACAAGCUGCAACGCAUGGCACUGCGUCGCGAGGAUCAGAAGGGCGUCUUUGUCGCGUUGCGCGCUUCGCUCAUCGAACGUGGCCACCUGGGCCGUGCCGUGGAGAAGACGCUCGAAGCCGAGAAGGCGUAUAGGACCCGCGACUACGAGCGCUGCGUCCAGCUUCGCGGUUCUCACUACAGCCAGAAGGGUCGCUUCCUCGAUCAGGUGUCGUUCCCCCCUCGCGAGAUCCUCGACGUCCCCGACCAUACGUUUCUCGUCGUCCACUGUGGCAGCCCCACCGCUGGAAUGAAUGCGGCCACCCAUGCUCUCGUCCGCGUCGCCCGCUACAACAAUUGCCGCGUGAUGGGCGUCAGCGGCGGUUUCCCCGGAUUCGCCGAGGGCAACAUCAAGACCCUUGAAUGGGGCGACGUGAUCGGCUGGGUGUCGGAGGGUGGGUCGGCGUUGGGCACGUCUCGACAGCUGGUCUCCGACCCAGACCGCCUCGCCGCCCACGUGCUCCUCCACAACAUCCGCGGCAUCGCCAUCAUUGGUGGUUUUGAGGCCUUCCAAUCGGCGCUGAUGAUCCGCGACUGGCGCGACGAGUACGACUCUUUCCGCAUUCCGAUCGUCGUCGUCCCGGCCACCAUCUCAAACAACGUGCCGGGCGUAGUGGAAAGCCUCGGCUCCGACACGGCCCUCAACGAGAUUUGCCGCAACAUUGACAACAUCAAGCAGAGCGCCCGCGGCACCAAGAAACGCGCGUUUAUCGUCGAGGUGCAGGGCGAAAACUCAGGCUAUCUGGCCACCAUCGGCGCCAUCGCCACCGGGGCCGACAAUGCCCACAUCUACGAGGAGAAGAUGCGCCAAGAGGACCUGGCCGCUGAUGUUGAUGAGGCUCGGCGCAAGCUGGAGCGCGGCUGUACGCACUACGUAUUGUUGCGCACAAAUGGCGCGCGCGCCGAGUUCAGCUCCGAGCAGGUGAAGCAGGUGUUCGAGCAGGCCGGCAAGGGAAAGUUCUCGACCCGGCUGAACUACUUGGGCCACUCGGUGCAGGGCGCGUCCCGCUUCGGGGCCAAGGCGUUCGAGCGGAUGUUCUCCCACUCCCGCCGCAACACCGCCGACAUCGAGCUGCUCGGCGUCCGUUUCGGCGACCAGGCGUACGCUGACGUCGGCAUGCUGGAGACGCUGGCCUGCUUUGUCCACACCAACGUCCGCAAUCCUUGGUGGCUGACCACCCACGGCUUGAUGCGCGUGCUCGCCACCCAGGAGAAGUACAUGGCCGAGGCAAUCCCUCCGGAACGCAGCUGCAACGCGAAGAACUACCAGACGUCGGCCGGCCAGCAGCCCGAGUUUAUCGGCCGC